AUGAUAUCUUACCUUGACUGUCCUGUUGCUAGGUGUCUUCAGACGGUAACGGGGGACGAGAUAGGAGAGUCGCGUGAUACUUCUCUGACUUAUGACAGUGCAAGGAGGGUGUACAGUCCUCCGUACGAUCCAGCAGGAAGUUGGGCGAGGGAGGAGGUCGAUAAAGAAAGAGUAAGGAGUGAUCGCAGUCUAAGCCAGCGACCACCCGCUAAGCCUUGCGACCACACUGUACCCGUGACCACGCUGGGCGCAGCCUUGCGAUCGCACUAUACCUGCCCUGGAGCACCACGUGACCUCCGUGGGUCGUGCCCUACCGGCAUCGGCCCGUCCUUCCUCCGUGGGGUUGGAGGCUCGGCAUGUUCCUCUGGCCCAACCAGUGGUCGUAACUGUAACGGCACGAGCAAGACCACGGGUCCGAAUGCGAAAUCUGGGAAUGCCAUUGACACCUAUAGGCCUUGUGCGAAGGAUAUCAGAAAACUACCGAGCUAG